AUGGCCACUAACACUUUCAAAGACUACUACGCGGACCUCGGUCUCCAGCUUGGCGCUUCCACUGAUGCCAUCAAGAAGGCAUUCCGUGAACUCGCUAAGACGCAUCACCCCGACAAGUCCGGUGUAGCAGAUGCCGAUGUCUUCCGCCGCGUUCGCGAAGCUUUCGAGCAGCUCACCAACACCGAGUACCGCACCGAAUACGACCGCACCUACAUGCGUAACAAGUACCAGACUAGCGCUCCCACUGAGCAGACGAACCAUGAUACCGGUAACGAGAACUCCGGUGGCAAAGGCCCCGCCAACUACGAGGCUGGUAGAGCAAGCCCGCCGCCUCAGAAGCCGUUCCGCAAGCCAUACGAGGCAAGCUGGCAGUACUACCUGGGCAAGGAGUAUACCGCAUGGCAGGAGAAGGACGCAGCCUACCGCAUGAGGCACCCUGAGGCCUAUGAGAGUCCGUUCGAAGGCGGGCCUCCAACUCCCAAGCCUGGUGCGAAGGCACAUGGCAUGGUUGUGCAGAUGUCGCACCCCUGCAGCCAACAGACGUGCGUCUACAAGAGCACAGCAUGGCGCGUUCAGGUUGGUGGGGAGGACCAUUGUGUGUUUUGCAUGGCCGCUCACACCGGCGGCAUGAGAUGUCCUGGUUGUGAGGCCCUGGCCUGCAAGGCAUGUGUGGAGAAGAUUCGCGCGCUGGAGCGGAGCCCUUUCGAGGGUAUGAGAUCCAAGGCCCAGUACUGCUCCUCCGGUGGUUGA